ACUUCAGAGAAUUUACUGGAAAUGCUGGGCUACCUUCUACACCACAUAAAAGCUCUGCUGCCCCACCAACUGCCACGCUUCCAUUCCCUGUGGAGAAACAAACUGCACCAGUGGGUCUGAUUAUGCCAUGUGUACUACAUCUAGUUCCAGAAUUUGAUGUCCGCCAGAUUCUCACAGCCUCAAAUGAUGGCAGAGCAAUUCUUGAAGGCCUUGAUAAGGAUUGUAUGAUCACAAUCAGGCAAAGACGAUGCCUGGUUCGAAUUUUGGUGUCACACCUCAUGGAGAAGUUCGGAGAAAGACCUACCACCGAAACCAAAAAGGCCUUGGCUUCAUCUUUGAUUCAGGCUUUUCCAUGCUUGAAAGACAUAUCAGACAGUGGAUGCGAUAUAUGGUACACCCAAGGCCGGAAUCACCAUCCAGCCACUGGAUUUCUUGAAGAGAGGCUUAGGAACAUUCGAAAGAAGCUGAGAUCUGUGAGCAGGCCGCAAAAACAAGAAGAUAAAGAGCCUGAAAAGGCAUACAUACCAGACUCUACGAUUUCUGAAGACAGGGCCAAACAACUAAAAGAAUGGCUGAGACACAAUUCUCAGCCCCUUAGCCAGGUGUCGGCAUACAUGCAGGAUACAGUCCUGUACAGAGCACAGUGGAUAAGGGGAAAUAACUUAAAAGAUAUACGUGAGAUCCUACAAGAGUUCCCACAUCUAACCAGUCCGGGCAUGAUUGCACAGGACUUUCUUGUUUUGCAUGGAGAGGCUGCACCAAAACUUUUUGAAACAUGGCUGCCUAUAUAUGCAGACAAGAUCCUACACCUGCUGAGACGGGAAAAUAAACUCCAAUUUCCUGUAGAAGAAAUGACAUUGGAUGCCAAGGGGGAACUUGCACUGAAACUGCUACCUGAGUUGCUUCCACCUACGGUUUACAAAGUUGGCCGAAAUUUUUUCCGGCACAGCAUUGAGGAGUCCAGGUUGGCCUUUAUUGACCAUAAACCUGGUGGAACCAACAUGGUGGAAUACCUCCAGCAUGCUGAAGUCUCCAGGCCGUACCCCUACAUCUUGACGUUGGGAGAUAUAGACCAGUGCUGCUCUCAGGCGUUUGUCAUUCUGUUGGGACAGGCUCUGGAGCAAAGCACACUCCUGGUCGUGGCUCAGAUGUCUAUUCCUCUGCGCUUUGACAGUGUGCAGAACCUUGUUGCUAAUUGA